AUGUACACUCCAAACAGAGCUACAGUAGGGUCUUCCAAUAUUUCUCCCCAAGCUGCUGCAUCAGCGCUGGGGGAAGCUUCCCCUGAUCCUGCUGCAUCGCCUGUGUUGGAGGAGAUUGUGGAAAGAAAUGCUGCUGCUUCUGAGGAGGAGGAGGAGGAGGAGGAGGAGGAGGAGGAGGAGGAGGAGGAGGAGGAGGAGGAGGAGGAGGAGGAGGAGGAGGAGGAGGAGGAGGAGCUUUCACCGCCUAGAGGUACGUUCUUGUAG